UGAAGGGGGGUGAGAGAUCUGUUACAGUGGGAGCUGUAAAUCAGACAGAGCUACAGUAACGGCGCUCAAAUUCGUUACCCUGUUGCAAAGUAUUUUCGGCGAGCGAUACCGUCUCAGUCUCCCAUUUUGGGGAAGAGUCGAGUCGUUGAGCGAGGACUACACCGGCUCGUUUUCAGGCACAGUUUAAAAAAGAGAGAGAGAAGCCAACACAUUUGACUGGAAAUGUCUGAAAACAAACCGAAUGAUGAGGCGAAGUUAUCUACGACGGAUAGAGUUAUUAAAUCUGUCCCGUUCCCCCCCAGCCACAGGCUGACCGUAAAGGAGGUUUUUGACAGUGAAGGCAAACCCAAAGUAGAUGUCCUCAAGGCCCACCUCACCAAAGAGGGUCGUGUGGAGGAGAGCGUGGCCUUGCGGCUCAUCAGUGAGGGAGCCGCCAUCCUGCGCUCUGAGAAGAACCUGCUAGACAUUGAGGCUCCAGUUACAGUUUGUGGAGACAUCCAUGGGCAAUUCUUUGACUUGAUGAAGCUGUUUGAGGUCGGAGGGUCACCAGCCAGCACACGCUACCUUUUCCUGGGCGAUUAUGUGGACAGAGGAUAUUUCAGUAUUGAAUGUGUGCUGUACUUAUGGGCCUUAAAAAUCCUUUACCCCAAAACACUGUUUUUGCUGCGCGGGAACCACGAAUGUAGACAUUUAACAGAGUAUUUCACCUUUAAACAGGAAUGUAGAAUUAAGUACUCUGAGCGGGUGUAUGAUGCAUGUAUGGACGCCUUUGACUGCCUCCCCCUGGCCGCACUCAUGAACCAGCAGUUUCUAUGCGUUCACGGAGGACUGUCCCCUGAAAUCACAAACCUUGAUGACAUCAGAAAAUUAGACAGAUUCAAGGAGCCUCCUGCGUACGGACCAAUGUGUGACCUCCUGUGGUCAGACCCGCUGGAAGACUUUGGCAACGAGAAGACCCAAGAACACUUCACACACAACACAGUGCGAGGUUGCUCCUACUUCUACAGUUAUCCCGCCGUGUGUGACUUCCUACAACACAAUAACUUAUUAUCCAUCAUCCGGGCCCACGAAGCACAGGACGCUGGGUAUCGCAUGUACAGAAAGAGCCAGACCACAGGCUUCCCCUCUCUCAUCACUAUCUUCUCAGCCCCCAACUACUUAGAUGUCUACAAUAAUAAAGCUGCUGUGCUGAAAUACGAGAAUAACGUCAUGAACAUUCGGCAGUUUAACUGUUCCCCUCAUCCCUACUGGCUUCCCAACUUCAUGGAUGUCUUCACCUGGUCUUUGCCUUUUGUUGGAGAGAAAGUCACUGAGAUGUUGGUAAACGUACUGAGCAUCUGCUCCAAUGAUGAGCUGACCACAGAUGAGGAGAUCGAUGGACAGCUAAUAUAUCCCCCCAAGAAAGGUGCCACAGCCUCUGCACGCAAAGAAGUGAUCCGGAAUAAGAUUCGUGCCAUUGGAAAGAUGGCCAGAGUGUUCUCCGUGCUACGAGAGGAGAGUGAGAGUGUGCUGACACUGAAGGGUCUCACCCCCACUGGCAUGCUUCCCAGCGGUGUUCUCUCAGGAGGCAGAGAGAAACUUCAGAAUGCUACUAUUGAGGCUAUAGAGGCCGAUGAAGCCAUCAAAGGCUUCUCGCCACAGCAUAAGAUCACUAGCUUUGAGGAGGCAAAAGGCCUGGACCGCAUCAACGAGCGCAUGCCGCCGCGACGCGACGCACUGCCCUGCGACGCCAGCCUCAACUCCCUCAACAAGGCCCUGUGCUCCGAGACCAACGGCACCGAGGCCAAGGCCAGCAGCGGCAGCGGCAACAUCCAAUGACGCGCUGGCGCGGCCCCGCCAGUGUCACCGCAGUGAUGAGGCUCCUCCCUCUCUUUCUCCACGCUACAGUCAAACGAAGGAGCACAGGGUUUGGGAAUGGCGAGUCAGAGGGAAGAAGAGGUCAGAGGAAGGAGCGUGAGGAGAGAGGGAGGUGAAGGAGGGAGAAAGAGAGAGAGAGAGAGCAAAGUUUUCAAACGUGAUUCAGAGUGACACUCUCUAGUCUUUGGAUAUGCCUUUAAAAAAAUAUUUUGCUUGUAGAAACCAUGAAAAGUUCUCGUUGGUUCACUCUUUUCUGAAUGAAUAAGUGUGUGUGUGGGUUGGGGGGGUGCUCUUGGUUGUGGAUUGGGAAGCAGCAGCAGGCAAACUGAGAUAUCUUAUGUGAAAAGGCCUUUACUCAUUUACUGGAUAACAGAAUUUUUUUUUUUUUUUUUCUUUUGUGUGUGUAACUUCUUACUAAUUAUUGUACGUUUACAAAAAUACAGCACUAAAAAUGGACAGAACAUAAAAAAAAGUUUUUAACAUAAAAAGGGUGUACAAACUAAAUAAGGACUAUUUAUUGAUACCUUUUUUUGCUACUCUUAUAAACUAGCUCUAAAGUAAAUUAGGCAGUCUUAAAAGAAUGUUGCAACAUUGUUGAAAUGCCAAAAAUGGAACGUUUUAUGGUUUUGUACAGAUUAUGCUUACCUCAGGUUUCUUUGGUGUGUGUGCUUUGAUCCUGUUUUCUGUAUAAUGGCUAAUUAGCUUGAUAGCAAGUACCCAUUUUCUUGGAGUUGAAAACUGGAAUUGACACCUAUCAUUUGCCGAAUAUGUUUUGUUUUAUUCGAGAUGGGGAAUAGAUUUAUUGUGGCUUGCUGGAAUUUCUGUGAGUGUUCGAUUUUCUUUUUAAGUAUUGCGAACAAACAAAUAUAUAUAUAAAGCACCUAUAUUCUGUACAAAAAAAAGACAAAAAACUGAAAGCAUCUGCCUAUGCAUGUUUUAUAAGAUUUAUCAAAGGAAAUAUGAAUGAAUUACCUUGGCUGCCGAGGCCAGUUUUGAUCUGUAGUGUGCUUAGU